UCAGUUGAUUGUCGGUGAGUCUGACCAUGGUUUGGCUGAGCCAGACCAUGGUUGUCCAUCGGAUUCAAUUUGGUUGAACCUACCGAUCGACAUGGUCGCGGUCAUCUUCAGCUUCCUUCCUGUUCGAGAUAGGUUUCGUUCGGGGAGCGUGUGCCGUAAAUGGCGCCAGGCUUAUUUACAUCCUGCCUGUUGGAGACAAGCCGAUCUGUCGGACGUGGGAAAGGAGAUGGAUUGUGAGAAAAUAGCUAUGGCGGUCAUUCUGCUUAGCCGAGGUCAGCUGAGGAGUCUCUCCCUGCGAUACUGCAACGACAGCUUGUUCGAGCUCAUCGGGAAGCAUUGUCCUCUGCUUGAGCAAAUCAGGAUUGCUAAAAGCCAUCUCCUGAGGGGUGUGUACAGCCCCGAUCCACCGUCGAUCUCGGUGAUCAAAGCGUUUGUGGACGGCUGUCCUCGGCUUCGAUCGCUUGAUUUGAAAAUCGAUCUGAGGGUAGAGAAGAAACAGCUCUCCGAAUUUGUGAGGACUCUCGUGUCUGGGUUUCGAGACUUAGUGGCUCUGCACCUGGACGUAGAGUCCGUUGUAUUCGUAGGAGAGGGACAGGGUCAGGGUCAGGGACUGCCACAAGUGUUGUGCUCGUACUUGUAUAUUGACGUGGCGGAUAUAAGACUCAUUGUCGCCAACUUACCUAAUUUGGAAGUCCUGGGGCUCAGACGAGCUGUGGUAACGGAUGCUGGACUCGAACUGAUUGGGAAAGGACUGCCCCGCCUGCGAUGUCUGACUCUGCACGGUUGCUUCCCGCUGACGUGGCAGGCCGUGAAUGCGCUGAUGUCCGCUCGCAGGGACAUUCGUGUCGCCGCUGAGGGAAGUAUAAGAUUCCCAGGAAUCUGAUGAUGUACCAGUCUUUUUUUUUUUUUUUUUUUUUGAAGGACAGUCUUUUUCUUGUUUUUUUCUUGCUUUUCUCCUGUUUUUGUUUUCUGCUUUUCUCUUGUGUUUUUUUUUCCUGUUUCCUUUUUUUUCCUUUUGAGGAGAGGGGGGCGGGGGGGGUGAAGAGGGGGUUGGAUGUAGAGAAUCAGGGUACGUAAGGAGUCGACUACAGAAUUCCAUCUUCAGAAUGGGAGAGGGCAGAGAUGGCCGUCUCCGAGUUUUCUCUCUUUUUGUUUUUUUUGUUUUGUUUUGUUUUUUAAGAGAUGGAAACUUGGAAAGUAAGGAUACUAGUAAGUGGUGAGGACAGCAGGGAGAAUUCGGAGGAGGAGGAGACGCACAAGAGUUUGAUGUUGUAGUAUGAUCUUUUUUCUUUUUUUUUUUUCUGUUUUUUUUUUCUCCUGUCGUUUGGUGUUGAAAAUCAAGGGUAUGACACUCU